AUGGCCCGUCGAGGGUCCCGACGCGCAGCCGCUGCGAGCAGUGGGCGUGCCCUUCUGGCUGCGCUCCUCGCCGCCGCACUCCCGACCUCGCGGGCGAGCCGCGUGCGCGGCCGCGCGCGGCUGGAGGCCGAGGGCCGCGGCGAGUGGGCGGCCCACGGGCAGCCCGCGGAGCAGGAGCAGCGGCUCACAGGUGCGAUGUCGACGUCAGUGGCCUUGGGUCACGCGAGCCGGCCAAGGGGGCGAUCUGCGAGCGAGUCCGGCCAGCAUAGUCUCGCAGAGUCUGUGUUGGUGAUCAUGUUCAUCGCGGCUGUUGGUGUAGCUGUGCUCGUGAACGCCUACAGAUUUUUGUCCACUGUGAGGGCGUUCUUCGUUUUCAAACAGAGGAAGAAGGAGCCAGGCCGAAGAGAUGGGACAGAGACGGACGUUUUCAGCACGGGUGCCAUCCGCCAGAUCUCGCGAGUAAAGUCGCUACCGAAUAAUUGUGAUGCGGGCGCCCGUCUUGAAUGGUGGGCGCCAGCCUCGUUCGGCCAAUAUUUAUUGUACCACGUUGGGAAUUGGAUGAAUUAUUCUACAUACCCUAGCCUCAGAAUAUUGGUCGAGAUUUUCUCGUACAUGCUCAUCAUCGGAACUCUGCUGUACCUCUACCUGGCCGAUGAGAGCGUGGGAUCGUCACUGUAUCAGAUCUUCGUGUGGCUCGUGGCCCCUGAUGGGGGCAAUUCAGAGCAUACCAUAGGGGGGAUGAUUGUGGGCGCGACCACCAGCCUGUGGGGCCUGCUUUUCUUCGCCCUCCUGAUGACGGUGCUCGGCCAGGCGUUCGAGGAGUACAUCGGCGGACUCAGGACAGGGACCACCCCUGUGCUGGAGGCCGAGCACAUCGUGAUCCUCGGCUUCACCGAGGACACCGUGCCACUCGUGCGGGAGCUCUCGGCCGCGCACGCGGAUCUGGGCGGAACCACCAUUGCGAUCCUCUGCCCGCUGCCGAAGCCAGAGGUCGAGAGGCGGCUGAACGAGCUAGGCCUUCUGGUGGGCGACGGGCUGAAGGGCUCGCGCGUGAUGGUGCGCACCGGUUUCCCGCACCGUCCGGAGGACCUCAAGCUGGUGAGCGUCGACCUGUGCAGGACGGCGAUUCCGAUGCCCGACCGGACCCUGGACAAGGACGUGAGGGACGUCUACAUGCUGCAGGUGGUCUCGGCUGUGAGGAGCAGGGACUGGCCUCUGACCGGGCAGGUCCUUGUGUUCUACUCCGUGGAGCAGAACGUUGAACUCUUCGAAGAGAUCGGCGGCAGCAAGGCUUCCGUGGUCAAUCUGGAUACGCUUCUCAGCAGCGUGGCCGUGUCGUGCAGCCAGCAGAAGUCCACAGCAUCGGUCAUCUCCGAGAUUGUCGCUUUCGAAGGCUCCGACUUGCACAUCGCAGCGGUGCCCCGCUGGCUCCGUGACAAGACGCUCGCCGAGAUGGAGCCGUAUUUUCCCCACUGCACCAUUCUCGGGGUUAUCGACAAGGUUGACCUGGACGAUGUGGAGCUGUGCCCAGACUUCGACGUGAAGGUGGAGAAGGGCAAGGAGCUGAUCGUGCUUGCUGAGGACCUGAGCUCGGCGAGCCCGCGCCAGAAGCCGCUGUGGGGCCCCGCGCCGCCGCCGAGCGGGGCGUGGGCCCCGCAGUCCUCGGCCAGGCUCGAGAAGUCCAAGCAGGAGCACGUUCUGAUCAUAGGUUGGAGCCACUUGGUCGGCUCCGUGCUGGUUCACCUUGACCGUCUGUUGCCGCCAGGGUCACGUGUCUCUUCAUUCGCCGAGUCCGAUCCGGCGGCGCGCAAGGUCUCCACUCGCAGGACGCUGAAACGCCACCUGAAGGUGGCGUGGACGAACAUACAGAUCUUCUACUACAAGGGGCAGCCUGGCUCCAGCUACUCCCUGCAGGAGGCGGGGUGGAGCCUCGACCGGCUGCGCGCCGAGGCUGCUGGCGAAGCGACCUUCCCGACCGGUUUCGAGAUGCCGACGCCCGUACGGUCUUCGCGGCCUUGCUCGCCCGAGGCGGCCGCGUCGAUCCCGCUCAGCCUGGACGGCCUGGGCAGCGACACCGACGCUGUCAGGAGGACGGAGAGCAAGGACAGGGGCUCGAUCUGCGAUGCCCUCGCGCCCGGCAUUCACUGGGAGGACAUCACGCGCGUGUUUGUCAUGUCCGAGACGGUUUUCGAGCCGUGGCGGUCGGACGCGUUUGCUAUGGCCGCGGCGAAGCAGGUGACGCUCCUGGUGCCUCAGGACACUCCGGUGGUCGUCGAACUCCAGGAUACCAGCAGCAGGCACGUGUGCGAGCACAUCGGCCUCGAGGACGUCGUGAGCUCCUCGAAGCUCCCUGCCCAGGUGAUGGCGGCCCUGUCGCUGCAGCCCCGGCUCAAGGAGGUGUACUUCGGGCUGCUCGGCCGCGGGCAGUACGAGAUCCGCAUCGUGAACAUCUCGCACUACUUCGAUCGAGGCGAGCUGCCCGCAACGGAGUUCACCGCCUGCUUCUCCUCCGUGGCGGCGAUGGUCCGCCUGUCGGGAGACGUCCUCGUCGGCUGGAGGGUUGGCGGCCUCGCCGCCGUGUUCGACAUCAACCCGCCCGACAAGCACCAGGAGGUCACGCUGACCGCGGGCGUCGACCUGGUCGUCGUGACCAGGCAACCGCAGCAAGCCCCCGAGGACAGCCGCGGCUGUGCGCCCGGGGCCGCGGCCACGCCUCGGGGCCGCAGCGGGGACCCCUCUGCCGCGAGGUAG